AUGAGGGCAGCUGUGCGGCCCUGCUGGUGGGAAGGCCAGCAGCGGGGCGCGGAGCAGAUGCCCACCAAGCUGCCCGCAGCGGUGCAGGGGAAGGCCGCGGAGCACUCCUUCUGCCGGCGGUGCAUCACCGAGCACUGGGUGCGCCAGGAGCCCCAAGGCGCCCGGGACUGCCCCGAGUGCCGGCGCACCUUCGCCGAGCCCACCCUGGCGCCUAGCCUCAAGCUGGCCAACAUCGUGGAGCGCUACAGCGCCUUCCCCCUCGACGCCAUCCUGGGUGCCCAGCGCACCUCCUUCCCCUGCAAGGACCACGAGAAGGUCAAGCUCUUCUGCCUCACCGACCGCGCCGUCGUCUGCUUCUUCUGCGACGAGCCCGCCGUGCACGAGCAGCACCAGGUCACCAACGUGGACGACGCCUUCGAGGAGCUGCAGCGCGAGCUGAAGGAGCAGCUGCAGGGCCUGCAGGAGAGCGAGCGAGGCCACACCGAGGCCCUGCACCUCCUCAAACGGCAGCUAGCCGAGACCAAGGUAAGCGCGAGCUGUGUCCUUCCGACCAUCCCCCUUCACUGGGCAGAGGAGCGGGAAUGCAGCCGGACAGGCUCUCCCGGCGCCGUCAGUGUUGACUCUGGGCUGGAAACGGCCCCGGCCUCCCUCCCUGCCGCCUCGCCAGCCCGAUUUUGGGAGCUCCGGCCCACCGGAGCCGUCGGGGGCUCCCCCUCCACGGUCACCCCCCAGGCCCAAAGCCAUGCGGUUUCACUCAUCUACCCUCUUUUCUUCCCCGUGGCUCCAAGCCCUUCUGGCAGGUUGAUGAAGCCAUAUAUCAGGCUGAUUCCUGCUCUCUCCAUGUGCUCUCCCAGCUGCAGCACCCCAUCCAUCACUCCCUGUGAUUUAUUUCUUUAUGAGCUGCUUUUAUUUAGCUCCUUACUCUUCCUGGGCGCGCGCUACUGGGGGGUGAUCGUCUCGGAGAAAACCCAGUGGAUGAUCGGGUUGGCGCACGAGGCCGUCACCCGCAAGGGCAGCAUCCAGAUCCAGCCCAGCCGGGGCUUUUACUGCAUCGUCAUGCACGACGGGAACCAGUACAGCGCCUGCACGGAGCCCUGGACGCGGCUCAACGUCAAGAGCAAGCUGGAGAAAGUAGGAGUCUUCCUGGACUAUGACAAGGGUCUUUUGAUCUUCUACAACGCCGACGACAUGUCCUGGCUCUACACCUUCCGGGAGAAAUUCCCCGGCAAGCUCUGCUCCUACUUCAGCCCCGGGCAGAGCCACGCCAACGGGAAAAACGUCCAGCCUCUGCGGAUAAACACCGUCCGCAUCUAACGCC